AUGGUUGUCGCCAGAAGAUGCGAUUUCAACUUCCAAAGGGAUCAAGUUGCAGUCCUCAAAAAAUGCAGACUUCGUUUUGGGGCUUCUGAGAAACCAUGGAUUCUGUCAUGGGAUCAAGUUGUAGUCCCUAGAAAAUGCAAACUCUAUUUUGGGGCUUCUGAGAAACCGUGGAUUCUCUCAAACCCAUAUCUCAAAGUUUUGCAAAACUCGCCCAGAAAGUAA